CCUGACCCAGAAACUCAAAGGAGAAUGUGGGAAGGCAAAAUCUGAGAAAGACACGAAUAAGGCUCUGUUCCUACGACGCUACAAACAAAACAAAUCCGCUGUUGUUUUUUCCUUCUAGUGUUCAACCGAGCUCGCUGAACCGAGUCUAUACUACAAGAGUUUGAUCGAGUUUACCAACUCAAAAACGAUUCUACGGCGAGUUAACUAUGCUGGAGGAUUUGAAAAUGGAAAUGAUUGAUUUGCAGUUUUUCCGACCUGAAAUUUAAUCCAAUCAAGAAAGAAAGAAGAAAAGCAGAAACCCUUAACAUUUGUCUUUCAAAGUGUAAUGCUUUGCAGGCCUCGAAAUGCCGCUGUUUUCUCUGUUCAUGUUUUCAACGCUUCUUCACGAUUUCUCCAUUCCUCUUCUUCUCCCCAAACUCACCCCAAUUUCCCAAUCCCACGCAGCAAUUCGCCCCCUUCUCAUGUCGUUCACCCUUCUUCUCUUCUCUCUGACCUUGUCUCUUGCGCCAACGACAGCGCCAUGGCUGGUGUUUUGGCUCGUCACAAGCUAGUAUUAACCUCCAACCUGGUUCUGGGCGUUUUGAGGGGCUACAAGCAACUGGGUAGGGCCAAAACCUUGAAAUUUUUCUCCUUGGCGGGGACCCACAUGGAGUUUCACUUUGAUGAUUCCGUGGUUGAGUACAUGGCCGAUUUCUUGGGUAGAAGAAAGCUCUUUGACGACGUCAAAUGUUUGCUGACCACAGUGGCGUUUCACAAGGGUGGAGUGUCGCCUAAGGCAUUGGCCAUUUGCAUCAGAUUUUUGGGGAGACAAGGAAGAAUUAAGGAAGCACUGUCACUGUUUGAGGAUAUGGAGACUGUGUUCAAGUGUAAGCCUGAUAACCUUGUGUGUAAUAACAUGCUUUAUGUUCUUUGCAAGAGGGAAUCAUCUUUGGAGAUGAUUCAGCUUGCACUGUCAAUCUUUCACAAGAUUGAAACUCCUGAUACUUAUUCCUGCAGUAACAUGAUUGUUGGUUUUUGUAAGUUUGGUAGAGUAGAGUCAGCCCUUGAGAUUUUUAAUCAAAUGGAAAAGAUUGGAGUGCUCCCUACUCGAUCUGCUGUUAAUAUUCUUAUUGGGGAACUGUGUUUGACUAGUGCAAAAGAAGGAUCUGUUGAGAAAGUGAGAGUGAGGAACACUCGGAGACCAUAUACUAUAUUAGUCCCUAACAUGGGAGGAAAUAGUGAUGCAAUGCAGCCUGCAGUUCAAGUGUUUUGGGCAGUUUGUAAGGCUGGAUUGUUACCUAGUUCUUUUGUUGUGGUUAAGCUUAUCUGUGAGCUUUGUCGCUUGAGUAAUACAGAAGAAGCUGUUAGAGUUUUGAGGAUUGUUGAGGAAAGGAAACUGAGGUGUGCUCAUGAGGGUUACUCUGUUGUUGUAAAGGCAUUGUGCGAAUGUCACAGAGUGGAGGAAGCUAGUGAUUUGUUUGGGAGGAUGUUGAGUCGUGGCUUAAAGCCAAAGUUGGUUGUUUAUAAUUCUGUUAUACCUAUGCUGUGUAAAUUGGGAAAGUUAAAGGAUGCUACCAGGGUCUUUGAAAUCAUGAACAAGAACAGAUGCCUUCCUGAUGAUUUAACAUACACUGCUCUGAUCCAUGGUCAUGGUGAGGGUAAGAACUGGAAAGUUGCUUAUGACUUGAUGAUUGAAAUGUUGGGUUUGGGAUUGCUUCCAAAUUUUCACACUUACAAUUUAGUGGAGAGUCUUUUGAGAGAACAUGAUCGGUUGGAUCUUUGUGUUAAAUUGGAUAGAAAAUUGGAGAACCAGAAGUUGCAGAAGUUGUGUAGAGGAGGUGAACUAGAGGCUGCUUAUGAGAAAGUGAAAUCAAUGCUGGAAAAGGGUAUUCCUUUAUCAGCUUAUGCUAGAGACAUUUUUGAACAGGUGUUUCAGAAGUGUGGCAAGCUAAAAACAGCACGUCAGUUACUGCAGAAUACUGAAAGAGUUCAGGAGGCUGAUGAUAUUGACAAAACAUAGCUUUUUCCCUCAAUCUUAGUUUCAGUUUGUAUUGUAUCUUCUAAAAGUCUUGCAUUGUCUGGUAAAAUCUUCCAAGUUUAUCACUGUAAAUUGAAUAAAAGAAAAGAAAGGGUUUUUGAUCUUCAA